AUGGAUUCGCAAAACUCUGUAGAAACAUUGACUAUUGCUCUGAUCGAUACGCUUUCGGAUAGAAAUGAUAAAGUACGUGACAGCGUGGCUCAAUCAAUAGUUGAUACUGGUAAAAAAUUGCCUAAGCUAACAGUAAAAUUAUGUACGAAUUAUCUUGAUAAACAUCAAAAAUUGCCUGAAUCACAUCGAGCAGCUAUUCUGCGUGUUAUUCAACGUAUUCUUAGUUAUCAACAAGAAAAAGAAGGUGAAACACCAUUUGAUGGUGAUACAUUUCCAUUACUUACUCGUGUUACUGUCAACGAAUUAACAAUGCCAAAAGAAUUAGUUCCCUUAUGGCAACAAGCUGCUUCCGAUGUCUUAGUUGAAAUUGGUAAAUGCGAGCCUGAUCUAGUUUGUACAGCUCUCUUACCACAUAUGCAAGCUGGUCAAUUACCACAAUUUUUUGUUCUACAAACCGUUGGUAGUCUUGCCGAAGCCAACCCACGUGGUAUGGUUCAUCAGUUGCGUCCAAUGUUUACUCGUAUAUUACCAAUGAUGGGCAUGGUAAAACAAGAAAAUUAUCGUUGGGUGUAUACAGCAGUACUAUAUAAAUUUUGUUUGUCGCUAAUUGAUUUUCAAGCGAACGGUGAUGAAACAGCCCGCGCAGAAUUCGCUCCACAACAAUAUGAAAAUGAUGCUUUUGCUGCCUAUGAAGUUUUUCUUACAUCAGCUUGGAUUGGAUCAAAAGAACUUAAAGUUCGAAAUAUAUGUGUACAAGCAAUAGGUCGCCUUGCCUAUUUAUUUUCUUCAACGAAAUUCACAGAACAAUUUCCACGUUUAAUUCAAAAUGUACUUGGACUUUAUCGAAAAACUGUUGAUCAUUUAUUUGUCAGUGAAACACUAAAUUCUGUUGUAUUGUUGGCUCACCAAUAUAAUGUUGCACAAUUAAAACUUUCAAUGGAUGCUAUUUUAAGAGAAGUUUUCAACGAAAUUCAAAUUAAUUACGAUGCAUUUGAAAAUGGUAAUGAACAAGCUAUUAAAAAUCAAAAUGAAUUAUUACGUACAUUAUCAAUACUUGGCAAACAUGCACCCCAAUCAAUAUGGCCUUGGCUAUUACAACGUAUGGAUCAAGCUGGUACGAAUGAUAAAGUUCGUAUUGUACUUCUUGUUAUUUAUCGUCAUCUUGUCUAUGCCUUUGGUAAUGAUGCACCAUCAACGCCAUUUGAUUAUAAAUCAUUGCUUGUAUCAAGUUUAAGACCAACAUUAAAUACAGCAACGCUAAAAAUUACAAAAUAUUUAUCGCAAUUAAUUGUUGCAAUGGCUUGUCAUGGCUAUUUGCAAUUAGAAGGGCGAACAUUCUUAAUUGAAUAUAUUGUUCGAAAUUGUACAUUUCCUUUAACACUAAAUGAAGAUAUUAAAGCCGAUUCAACAGCAGUACCUACUGUUGACGUUCGAAUAAUGUGUCGAAAUAUUUUAAAUGCUUUUAGUUCAACUAUUGCAGGAAUGGAGGACGUAUUAUGGCCAUUAUUAAUCGAAUUUCUCAUUCCAGAAAUGUACACUGGCGCAUUCGGAAUAAUUACGAAAGCAUUAGCACAAUCGGGUCAACAACAAAUUGCAGCAAAAAAAGAUUCAUUUUGGAUUGAUUUUGAUGCUUUAGUUAAUUUACCAAAACCCAAUGAACUUAUUGCACGAUGUUUUGUUCUUUUGGGUGAACCAUUAGUUGAAGAAUCACGUGGUGUAUCGAUACUUAAUUUUCUUCGUAUAGCUGUUACAGAACUUCAGACUGAUUUAAGAGAAUUAUGGGAAAAAGUCAUUCCACGUUUACUUCAAAAUUUAACUGAUGAUGAUGAAAAUAAAAAAUUCGAUUCAGCCAAUUGGCAAGAUCUUAUACUUAAAUUUCUUUCCAAAAGUCUUGAUGUUAUUGAACGUGAAGAUUGGAUUAGUGAUAUCGGUGCUUGUUUUGUUAAACAAUUACCUCUAUAUCUAAAAUUAGAGCGUGAACGUGGUUUUGCUUAUAAAUGCAUUGGUAUUGUAUUACGUAAAUCAAAAGUGAACGAAUUCGUAAGCCGUACACUUGAAUCAAUGACAACAGCAAUUAAUUUUCAUCAUGAAAAUGAACGAAAUGGUUGGGCAACAAUGUUUGGUUUUUGUUCAACAACACAUCUUGAUAUUGUAUUACAACGACUUGAUCUGUAUUUAAAACUUGGUGAUUCAAAAAGUUCAAGCUCAACAUCAAGUGGAGGUGGUGGUGGUGGUGGUCUCUUUGGUUUUCUUAGUUCAAAAACUGAUACUCAUUCAGAUUUAUCACGUGCUACAACUCUUUUAGCUUAUGCUUAUGUGUCAAUAUAUGCAGCACUCGAUUUAAUUAUUUCUCGUAUGGAAACAAGUAUACUUAUUAGUGCAGUUAAAAUAGCUCGAACGAUUAAAGAAGAAAUAGGUAAAUCAAUUGUUGCGAAAUCAUUUGUUAUUCUUGCACAAUCGAUGAAUAAAAAUCAUUUGAAAACUGAUUUUACAUUUGCAUCAAGAAAUGAUCUUAUACACGAGAUGGUUAAUUAUAUUACAAAUGAAUCAUCUGCAAAAUUGCAACCAACCACAUACAAUCAAUGUAUCAAAGCAUGCCAUGCACUUAUUAUUCUGCAGCCAGAACAAACACUUCCCGAGAAAUAUCAGUUAGCUCGAGCUGCCUUAUAUUGGUACUGUUCGGCAAAGAUUGAAUUACCAUCAACUCAAAAAGAAGAGGUUUCUAUGUCACUUGGUGCACUUAUGAUUGAAUUGCUUAGUUUGGGCGAUUCACAAGAAACAUUUCCUAAUCUUAUCAAUCUUCUUGAACCUUUUUGUUUAUCACUUCAUGGUUAUGAACGUGCACGUGCUUUUGAUAUUCUUAAUCAAGUUAUUCAAUCAAAUCCAAUGAAUAAAUUGAAAGAACAGAAUUUGAUUGAUCUUGGCGGUGUUAUGGCUAUUUGUCUCAUGUAUUUAACGGAUACUGAAACAACAGUCGAACUAGCAACAAAUGCCAGUCUUACUCGAUUAUUACGUCUUCAAGCGCAACUUGCAACAGGUGCCUUGGAAAAUUCAAAUGACAGUCAGAGUGCUAAUGAACAAGACAAGUCAGUCAGUGAUGAUACGAUACAAAGUUUAUCAGGGAAUCUCGAGCCAAGUUGUCUUCUUUCGUUUAUCGAAAAAUCUACGGAAAUUGUUGCUGAUACACGAGCAGUGGGCUCAGUCGUGGUAUGCAAUGUUCUUUGUAAAAUAUUUGAUUGUCGACAUGGUGAAUUAGUCGAUCAGAUUGAUUACAUCUUUAGUAUUAUGCUCAAUAAAUAUAAUCAAAUCACCAAUGAAGAUGUCUUACGAGCAUUAAGAGGUGCUUUUAAACAACUUAGUUUGUCAUGUUCAACACGUGUAUUUAGUACGCUGAUGAAUUUUGGUGUACCAUUCACUAAAAAUCUUGUGACUAUUAUUCAUGAUCUUGCUGAUAAUCGACCAUUGACUGAAGCUGUUCUAGCACAAAUAAUGGAAUGUUGGUCACGUUCAUUACCUUUUGAAGAAAAAAGCUCACAACGAUAUGCUACGGCUCAACCGUUUAUGGCUCUAUAUUUACUCAAUCAAUGGUUUCAAUCAGAACGUAUGUGUGAUCUUGGUGAAUAUGCUUUUCCACGUUUGUUCGUUGCUCUCUUCAUACGUAUGGCUUCACAUGUUGAUACCUCACCACCACAAAAUGUGCCACCAUUGCGUCGUAUUGCUCCACCACAUGGUAGUUCUCGACGUGAUUCAAUAGGAAGUAGUACAAAUAAUGUUUCUGUGCCUAAUGCAACAGCUACUAAUUCGAGUAGUGCUAAAAAACCGACAUCACGUCUUGGUCUAUUUGAUUCAAAAUCAUCUCGUAGUUCAUCUAAAGCAUCAACUACUACUGAACAAUCUUCAAGCAAUACAGGAUCGUCGAAUAGUGAACUCAAGAAAAUUGAUCCUUGGCGUUUAUCAAAUGAUUGUAUGAUGCAUUUUCUAAAAGUUUAUAAGUGCCAAUCAGAAAUUAACAGUUUGAUGCCUUGGGAAAAGAUGGCGAAAUUUGAUACAGCUGAUUCAGCUCUUGAAGUGCUUGCUCAAGGUCUCUCACGUUGUAAUCAUAUAAAUCAAAAACAAUUAAAUGUUAUUAUUGAAUUACUUGGACAAAUAUUGGAUGGUCCUUAUGAUAUUCAACGUGUAUGUGUAUCAGCAUUUUUUGCUGAACUCAUAAAAUGUAAUCCUGAUGAUAGUGAUGAUCAACGUUUUGUUCGUGAACUUAUUCGUUACUUAUUGGGACGUUUAGUCGAUCAUAAUAUUUAUGUACGAAAAUUUUGUUUACGUGGUCUUGGCUGGUGGCGACCAGUUCGUGAUAGUUCAGAUGAUAAAGGUUUACCAACUACUAUUCUUGCAUCAUUAAUUUCUGGUUUGGAUGAUCGUGAUGAUAAAGAUGAUCUUCUUACACUUGAAGCCAUGUGCUCGUUAUCGAAUGUAAUUGCUGUGAUGAAUGAAGAUGAAGUACGACCUAUUCUUAUGAAUGUUCUUCUACGUAUUCGACCUUGUUUUGAAAAAGAAGAAUCCAAAGUACGCUCAGCAGCAUUUACAUUGUUUGGAAAAAUGGCUUCAGUAAGUGAAGGAAAUUCACGUGAAGCAUUCGUUGAACAAAUAUUUUCAUCUUUAAUAACAUUAACACUUCAUUUAAAUGAUCCUGUUGAAAUAGUACGUGAAAGUUGUAAAACAUGUUUUCAAUCUAUUGCACCUUUACUUGAUCAACCAACAUUAGUUGAAUUAUUUAAAGAAACACUUAAACCAAAAAUAUCUCUUGCAUAUCCUGAAUUUAUUAGUGAUUUCGCUAAACUUUUAGUUCAACAAUAUCCUUAUAAAGUCAAUUUUUUUAUUAUGAAUUGUAUCAUCUUUUUUAAAAAUCCUGUAUCAGAAUUACGUGCCAAUGCAGCAAUCGUAGCUGGUUAUUUAAUACUUAAUUUAACCGAAGAACAAAUUAAUAAUCUAUCCAAAGAACAUAUUUUGAAUGCCUUUCUCAUUCUAUUAAAAGACUCCAAUCCUGAUGUACGUUCUCGCGUAGCUGAAGCUAUGCAUUUCAUGUAUAAAUUCUAG